UUUCUUACAGCACUUUCUAUCCUUAGGCCACAACUUUAAAAUGGAACAAAGUUUGAAUUUGCUGUUACUGGGAAGAACAGGAGCUGGGAAAAGUGCAUCAGGAAACACCAUACUGGGACGAGAAGCUUUCAAAUCAAAGAAAAGCUCCAGAUCAGUCACUCAAGAUGUUGCAGUUGAAUCUGGAACUGUUGAUGGGUUUCCAGUCACUGUUUAUGACACACCAGGAUUAUUUGACACUGAGCAGAAUGAAAAAGAGAUUCAGCAGAUUUAUGCAAAUGUUCUCCAGAAAUGUGAAUCAGGUCCCUGUGUCUUUCUACUGGUCAUCAAAGCUGACAGAUUCACUGAAGAAGAGAGACAAACUGUGGAGAAGAUUGAGGAGCUGCUGGGAGAAGAGCGCUUGGAGAAAACCUGGAUUCUCUUCACCAGAGCAGACGAAUUAGAAGAGGAAAAUAUGACAAUAGAAGAAUUCCUUGAUGAGACUGAACCACUGAAUCAACUUGUUAAGAAAUAUGAUCAGAGAUGCCACGUGUUCAACAACAAGACAAAGAAAAAUACUUAUCAAGUUAAAAUGCUGCUUCCAAAAAUACUUAAGCCAUAUUUAGACACAAUAGAAGAAGGUACAGAGAUCCUGAAGCAGAAUCCACUGAAGAGAAAAAUACCAAAGGAUUUUGAACCAGACACUCCUGUCUCCAGUCUCUCAUCCAGACGGAUUGUUCUUCUGGGUAAAACUGGUUUUGGGAAAAGUGCAUCUGGAAACACAAUACUGGGACAGAGACAGUUUAACUCUGUGAUGAGAAUGAAUGCAGUAACCAGUGAAUGUUCAGUUGCUCACGCCACUGUUUCAGGCAGAUCUGUGUCUGUAGUUGAUACUCCUGGAUUCUUUGACACACAGAUGAAAACUGAAAAGUUAAUGACAGAGAUAGCGAGAAGUGUUUAUAUAUCCAGUCCUGGACCGCACGCUUUUAUCAUUGUGUUUCCUGUGAAUAUGAGAUUUACUGAACAUGAGCAGCAGAUUCCUCAGAUGAUUGAGAUGAUGUUUGGUGAAGAAGUGUUAAAAUACUCCAUCAUUCUCUUCACUCAUGGAGAUCUGCUGAAAGGAAAGUGUGUAGAGAAACUCAUUGAGGAGAACUGUAGAUUAAGAGAUCUAGUUCAGCAGUGUGGAGGCAGAUUUCAUGUCUUCAACAAUGGAGAUGUGAAUAACAGAGAUCAGGUGAAUGAUCUACUGCAGAAGAUUGACACAAUGAUAGAGCAGAAUGGAGGAGGACAUUACAGUAAUGAGAUGUAUGAAGAUGCUCAAAAACUCAAACGAAAGGAAGAAGAGCAGAGAGAAAGAGAGGAAGAGGAAAGAAAGCAACAAGAGGAGAAACAAAGACAAGAUGAAGAAAAGAGGAGACAAGAGGAGAUUGAGAGAGUGAUUAAGGUGACAGAGGCGGAAAUCAGAGCAGAGAUGGAAACUAAACUGAAAGAGGACGAUGAGAGAAAACAACAAGAUAAACAAAGACAAGAUGAGAUUGAGAGAGUGAUAAAGGAGUCAGGGGAAAAAAUCAGAGCAGAGAUGGAAGCUAAACUGAAAAAAAAGGAGAAUAAAAAAACAGAGGAAGAAGAUGGAGCAAGCUCAGAAAAUAAAAAAGAUGAUAAAAAAGAGACUGGAUUUGUUAAAUUUCUAUCCAAGUACUGGCGCCAUAUUUUAAGUGCUGCACUUAUGGGGGGACUGGUUGGUGCUGGAGUUGGUGCUGGUGUUGGUGCUGGAGUUGGUGCUGGAGUUGGUGCUGGAGUUGGUGCUUUAGUAGGUGCUUUAGUAGGUGCUUUAGUAGGUGGCACAGGUUGCUUUGUCCAAAAACGUAAAGAAGAGAGAAAGCAAAAAGAGGAGAAACAAAGACAAGAUGAAGAAAAGAGGAGUCAAGAGGAGAUUGAGAGAGUGAUAAAGGUGACAGAGGUGGAAAAGAGAGCAGAGAUGAAAGCUAAACUGAAGUCUGAACAAGAAAGAUUUAUGGUAACGAGACAGAGAGAGGACGAUGAGAGAAAACAACAAGAUAAACAAAGACAAGAUGAGAUUGAGAGAGUGAUAAGGAGUCAGUGGAUAGAUUCAGAGCAAAGAUUGUAA